UCGCCAUUUCUCCUCAGAAGUAUAGCCUUUCUUCUUCUUCUUCUUCUUCUUCUUCUUCUUCUUCUUCUUCUUCUUCUUCUUCUUCUUCUUCUUCUUCUUCUUCUUCUUCUUCUUGUGUUGCUGCUGGUGCUAUCCUGCUGCUGCGGCUGCUGGAGCUUGCACGUACUCUCAGCUAUGGCUGCCAUUGGAGAGAGCGACUUCAGUUGGGCGCUCACCAGCUUCCCUGGCGAUGAAGAAGGACGGCUCUGCAGUGAGCGCAGCAGAGGUCGAAAGCUUGAUGGCGGACGGCUAUGGCUGUCGCUGCUGCUGUCGCCGCUGACCCUCCUUCCAAAGCUUUCACUGCUGCUUCUACUAAUAGUGGGUAGCACUAGCCUUGCCUCAUCCAGCGCCAAACCGCUGUCUUCCCCGGCGGAGGGCAACCGUCAGAUUGCUCGAAGAAAGGCCAUCGUGAAUGGUCAAACUGUCGCUCCAGCAGAACAAGCCUAUUUUGCAUUCCAUGCCUCCAUCUCUCUUCUGUACCCAAAUGGAACUGAGGAAGACCAUUUCUGCGGAGGAAGCAUCAUUGCUCCAUCCUACAUCUUGACAGCAGCUCACUGUUUCGAUGAUUCCCAGUUCAACGUCUCAAGUGGGCAAAACCACUGGAAGCUUAACACAAACCCAAACGCAGCUGAGGGUGUUUACUCAGUACUUGCGGGUACGAUGGAUGUAACGAAGUUCGAAUCUGCGCAAGUGAGAGUGGCUUCAGAGCUCUGGAUCCACAAAGACUAUGUACUCAGCGUUGUGAACGAUACCCGCCCGGGGCACACGAAAUUCAGAAUGAGCGAUGAUCUUGCCAUUUUGAAGUUGGCAGAACCCUUACGCUUCAGCGACACAGUUCGAUCUAUUGCCCUCUCUGCGGACGAUUCCAGCCUGCGGGUUAAUACAGAUCUGACGCUGACGGGUUUUGGAAGCAUAAGCACACGCUUAGGACCUUUUCCCACGAAGCUCCAAGUGGUCACUGUCGAUCACCUUCCGGACGUCUGUGCAAGGACCCUUGAGAAUGAAGGCUACAAGGAAGUACCAGAUUUGUUUCUUAAUACAAGCUUCUAUUACGACCACAGGAAGAUGAUAUGUGCAGGAUGCGCCGAUGGAGGGACUGGCGCUUGUCCUGGAGACAGCGGUGGUCCGUUGUUCGCUCUAUCGUCCCGUGGAGGAUGUCCUGUGCAGGUCGGAGUGACAAGCUGGGGAAUGCACCUGCUGGGAUUGAUAUGUGCAGUUCCUGGCCUUCCGGAGGUCUAUGCUCGUGUGAGUCACAGCGUGGCGUGGAUUGAGUCGAUCGUUGGGCAGCCCGUGAGGAGCACAGUGCCUCUCAGCCCAACGACACAUUGCGAGAAUUGCCUGGCCAAUGACUUCCCAGAUGGAAAGAACUGCCCCACAGCGAGUAGAUACGACAUCAAGCUUUGUGAUGUCCAAGCACGCCUCGCCAGCUCCUUCGUAUUCAGCACACCAACAUGCAGCAAUGAUGGAAAAUGGCACAUACUCAAGGCAUCAAUUGACUUCUUCGAAGGCUUUCCGAACUUGUCGGAGGACCUUAAGAAUGAGAUGAGGAAAGGCCGCGUUGUAUUCCUGUACACAGAGGAGGGAACUGGGGAUGGCACUAUAAAGCUUCCACAAUCAAUCGUGAAAGCAAGAGAGGUCAUCAACACCCCGUUAAAGAAGCCAAAGGUGUUGGCUAAAAGCAUUUGGUUCAACCACAAAGAAGAUGCAUGGGUCUACCGGUCACCAGGCUGCUCAGCCGACAGAACCAGGUCCUAUGCAGCACUAUAUGUCGGGAAUCCAGAUCCAGACAAGGGAAUGCACAGAUAUCUUCAAAUCUCCAUGGCUGUAGGAAAAGUAGUACAUGCACUGUGACAACUCGGACAUUGUUACGGUAAAGCUGUAAAGAUCGGCUGUUUAAACUUCCACCAGAACCCCGCCAACCACGGCGCCUAGGCAAAAUCGA